GGGGCUCGUCGUCCUCGCGCCCUCCUCCGCGCAGCCCGGGCUCCCGAGAUGCACCUGCACCAGGUCCUCACCGGGGCUGUCAACCCGGGAGACAACUGCUACUCGGUGGGCAGCGUCGGCGACGUCCCCUUCACGGCAUAUGGAUCAGGCUGUGAUAUUGUUAUUUUGGCAAGUGACUUUGAAUGUGUUCAGAUCAUUCCUGGUGCUAAGCAUGGAAACAUCCAAGUCAGCUGUGUGGAAUGUUCUAAUCAACAGGGACGAGUUGCAGCUUCAUAUGGUAAUGCUGUCUGUAUUUUUGAGCCCCUGGGCAUAAAUUCUCAUAAGAGAAAUAGUCAACUCAAGUGUCAGUGGCUUAAAACGGGGCAGUUUUUUUUGAGUUCCGUGACAUACAAUUUAGCCUGGGACCCUCAAGAUAACAGAUUAUUGACAGCAACUGAUUGUAUUCAGUUGUGGGCUCCUCCAGGAGGUGAUAUUCUGGAAGAGGAAGAAGAAAUUGAUAAUAAAAUUCCCCCUGUCUUAAAUGAUUGGAAAUGCAUCUGGCAGUGCAAGACUUCAGUGUCUGUACAUUUGAUGGAAUGGUCUCCUGAUGGUGAAUAUUUUGCUACUGCUGGAAAGGAUGAUUGUCUUCUGAAAGUGUGGUAUCCUAUGACUGGUUGGAAGUCUUCAAUUAUUCCUCAAGAUCCUCAUGAAGUAAAAAGGAUACAGGCAUCUACUCAGUUCUCCUUUGUUUACUUAGCACAUCCCCGAGCAGUGACAGGGUUUUCCUGGCGUAAAACUAGCAAGUAUAUGCCCAGGGGCUCUGUUUGUAAUGUGUUACUAACUUCAUGCCAUGAUGGUGUGUGCCGGCUCUGGGCAGAAACCUUAUUACCUGAAGACUGUCUUUUGGGUGAGCAAAUUUGUGAGACUACUACCUCCAGCAUCGCCAGCAAUGUCUUUGAAACUGGAAGGCACAAGGACAGGACCCAGCACGCUCUUGAGACAAUACACCAUUUGAAGAAUUUGAGGAAAGGACAAAGGAGGUCUUCUGUACUUGUAACUCACACUGAAUUGAUGUCUGACCAGAUGGCAACCCAUGAGGUUCGAAGACAUAUUUCCCACCAUGCCAAUGCUCUGUGUCAUUUUCACAUUGCAGCAAGCAUAAACCCUGUCACAGAUAUUCCAAAUGUCCUGGUUGGCACUGCAUUUAACAUUGAUGAUGGAAAUGGGGGUUUUGUAGUUCAUUGGUUAAACAACAAGGAAUUUCAUUUUACAUCGUCUAUUGAAAUAUUUAUGCACCAAUUACGAAAACUUUCUGAAAAACAAUUAGAUCAUAUAAGUGAUGAUGCAGAUAGAGAAGAUGAAGACGGCUCACAAGAGGAAAGAGAGAGGGGUUUUCAUAGGAAAUUAGACCAUGAAUUAUCCCUGGAUAGAGAAUCUGAGGCAGGUACAGGAUCAUCAGAACAUGAAGAUGGAGAAAGAGAGGGAAGUCCUAGAACUUGUUCACGCCCUAGCAUCCCAAUACCAUUGCCUACAGUCCUGCUGGAUCGCAAGAUUGAAAUGCUGCUGGCAGAGUGGAGUAAGAACCCUGACAUGCUGUUCACCAUACACCCUGUAGAUGGCACCUUUCUAGUGUGGCACGUGAAGUACUUGGAUGAAUAUAAUCCUGGAAUAUUUCGACAAGUUCAGGUUUCUUUUUCUUCUCGGAUUCCUGUUGCAUUUCCCUCUGGUGAUGCAAGCUCACUUAGUAAAAAUAUCAUGAUGUAUGCCUGCAUAAAUGCUACGAAAGAUUCCUACUGUACUUUGUUAUACCACAAGCUGAUGCCUGUACACAGCCCUCAUGGAUCACAACCACACUUUAGGUCACACAGUUCAGAUAUGAACAUCUUAGCUCCCACAGUAAUGAUGGUGUCUAAACACAUAGAUGGGUCUUUGAAUCAGUGGGCAGUUACUUUUGCUGAUAAAUCUGCCUUUACCACUGUCCUAACUGUGUCCCACAAAUUUAGAUACUGUGGCCAUCGAUUCCACCUCAAUGACUUGGCAUGCCAUUCUGUUUUGCCACUGUUACUGACAUCCUCCCAUCAUAAUGCUCUAUUGACUCCUGAAUCUGAUUGUCAGUGGGACUCAGUCAGUAAAUUAAAUAGAUUAAUAGAUCCCUUAAAACAUACAAAAGGUUCGUCAAAACAACCUCUUAGAAAUGCAGCAACCCGCACAUUUCAUGACCCAAAUGCAAUCUACAGUGAACUUAUUCUAUGGCGUGUAGACCCAAUAGGACCUUUGUCAUACACGGGAGGAGUAUCAGAAUUGGCACGAAUUAACUCUUUACAUACCUCAGCCUUUUCUAAUGUGGCAUGGCUUCCAACUCUUAUUCCCAGUUAUUGUCUUGGAACCUAUUGCAAUUCUGCAAGUGCUUGCUUUGUUGCUUCUGAUGGCAAAAAUCUGAGACUCUAUCAAGCUGUGGUAGAUGCAAGGAAACUAUUGGAUGAAUUGUCAGACCCAGAAGCUUCUAAACUUAUUGGAGAAGUGUUUAAUAUUGUGAGCCAACAGUCUACUGCUCGACCUGGCUGCAUCAUUGAACUUGAUGCAAUUACUGACCAAUGUGGCUCACAUACACAGCUACUUCAUGUGUUCCAAGAAGACUUCAUUAUAGGAUAUAGACCACACAAAGAAGAUAUGGAGAAGAGGGAAACAGAAGUAUUUUUUCAGCCAUCACAAGGAUAUCGCCCACCACCAUUUUCAGAAAAGUUCUUUUUGGUGGUAAUUGAGAAGGACAGCAAUAAUUACUCUAUUCUCCAUAUGUGGCACCUUCAUCUUAAAUCUGUACAGGCAUGUUUAGCUAACACUUCAGAAGAAACUUCAUCUGGCAGUCUGCUUUUAGUCCCUGGACAGAAGAAUAUGGAUUCUUCCCCAGAAACCUCCCCUAGUGUGAGCCCCAUGCCACAUUCUUCAUCAAUUGCCAAUCUUCAAACUGCUAGUAAACUUAUCCUGAGUUCUAGACUGGUAUACAGCCAGCCCCUGGAUCUUCCAGAAGGAGUUGAAGUAAUAAGAGCAACACCUUCAGCAGGUCAUCUGAGUUCCUCUUCAAUUUAUCCAGUGUGCCUUGCACCUUAUUUAGUGGUUACAACUUGUUCAGACAAUAAAGUACGCUUCUGGAAAUGUUGUAUGGAAACAAACCCACAGUGCAAUACCAGUGAUGAGAAAGAAACCUAUCAUUGGAGGCGAUGGCCCCUGAUGAAUGACGAAGGAGAAGAUAAUAGCAGUACAGUGAGCAUUGUAGGAAGACCUGUUGCUGUUAGCUGUUCAUACACUGGCCGCCUUGCUGUGGCUUACAAGCAGCCUAUCCACCACAAUGGUUUUGUUUCUAAAGAAUUUUCUAUGCAUGUUUGUAUAUUUGAAUGUGAAUCAACAGGAGGGUCAGAAUGGGUUUUAGAACAAACAAUUCAUCUUGAUGAUUUGGUUAAAGUUGGGAAUGUACUUGAUUCAAGGGUCAGUGUUGACAGUAAUCUGUUUGUAUAUAGCAAAUCAGAUGCACUUUUAAGCAAGGAUAGAUACCUGAUUCCAAAUAUCAAGCAUUUAGUACAUUUGGACUGGGUGUCAAAAGAAGAUGGUUCCCACAUUCUUACAGUGGGCGUUGGUGCUAAUAUUUUCAUGUAUGGGAGACUUUCAGGAAUUGUAACUGAGCAAACCAACAGUAAGGAUGGAGUAGCUGUCAUUACUUUACCACUAGGUGGUAGUAUCAAGCAAGGAGUUAGGUCCAGAUGGGUUCUUCUUAGAUCUAUAGACUUGGUGUCUUCUGUUGAUGGUACACCUUCACUGCCUGUUUCUCUCUCUUGGGUAAGAGAUGGGAUACUGGUAGUGGGGAUGGAUUGUGAAAUGCAUGUAUAUGCUCAGUGGAAGCAUUCUGUCAAAUUUGGAGAUGCUGAAGCUGAUAGUCCAAGUGCAGAAGAGACAGAAAUACAAGAUCAUUCUGCCUUUAAAUCUCAUAUGUUGGCAAGAAAAAGUAUUGUUGAAGGAGCAGCUAUUGCUGAUGACGUUUUUUGCUCACCAACUGUAGUUCAAGAUGGCGGCUUAUUUGAAGCUGCACAUGUGCUUUCUCCAACUCUUCCACAGUACCACCCGACUCAACUGUUAGAGUUGAUGGAUUUAGGGAAAGUUCGAAGGGCUAAAGCCAUUCUCUCUCAUUUAGUAAAAUGUAUUGCGGGUGAAGUUGCAAUAGUUAGGGAUCCUGAUGCAGGAGAAGGAACUAAGCGACAUCUUUCACGGACCAUUAGUGUAAGUGGAAGUACGGCAAAAGAUACAGUCACCAUAGGAAAAGAUGGUACUCGAGACUAUACUGAAAUAGAUUCUAUCCCUCCACUACCGCUACAUGCAUUGCUUGCUGCAGAUCAGGACACAUCCUACAGAAUUUCAGAAGAGAGUACAAAAUUGCCACAGAGUUAUGAGAAUUAUAUUGAAAGUCACCCAGAUGAUCAAUAUUCAGAGCUGUUCCAAAUCCAGGAUAUAACAACAGAUGACAUUGAUCUAGAGCCAGAAAAGAGAGAAAGCAAAUCUAAAGUAAUAAAUCUUUCUCAAUAUGGACCAGCAUACUUUGGGCAGGAACAUGCCAGAGUACUUUCAAGUCAUCUUAUGCACUCAAGUCUUCCAGGACUCACCCGUUUGGAGCAGAUGUUCCUUGUAGCCUUGGCUGAUACAGUUGCUACCACCAGUACAGAGCUUGAUGAGAACAGAGAUAAGAAUUACUCAGGAAGAGACACCUUAGAUGAAUGUGGUCUGAGAUAUUUAUUAGCAAUGCGCCUGCACACAUGCCUUUUAACGUCUCUGCCUCCUUUAUACCGGGUGCAGCUCCUUCAUCAAGGUGUGUCUACCUGCCAUUUUGCCUGGGCUUUUCAUUCUGAGGCUGAGGAAGAACUGAUCAAUAUGAUCCCAGCAAUUCAGAGAGGGGACCCUCAGUGGUCUGAGUUACGAGCUAUGGGAAUAGGUUGGUGGGUGAGAAAUAUUAACACACUUCGAAGAUGUAUUGAAAAGGUUGCCAAAGCUUCUUUUCAAAGGAACAAUGAUGCCUUAGAUGCCGCAUUAUUCUACCUUUCAAUGAAGAAGAAAGCAGUAGUGUGGGGUCUAUUUAGGUCACAACAUGAUGAAAAAAUGACUACAUUUUUCAGUAACAACUUUAAUGAAGAUCGAUGGCGUAAAGCUGCUUUGAAAAAUGCUUUUUCUUUACUUGGAAAACAACGCUUUGAACAAUCUGCUGCUUUUUUCUUGUUAGCUGGUUCACUAAAAGAUGCUAUAGAGGUAUGUCUUGAGAAAAUGGAAGAUAUUCAGCUAGCCAUGGUUAUUGCCCGUUUAUAUGAAUCUGAAUUUGAGACUUCAUCUACUUAUAUGUCUAUCUUGAAUGAGAAAAUUUUGGGUUGUCACAAGGAUGGCUCAGAAUUCAACUGCAAAAGAUUACAUCCUGACCCUUUUCUACGAAGUCUUGCCUAUUGGGUAAUGAAAGAUUACACUCGAGCCUUGGACACACUACUGGAACAAACUCCAAAGGAAGAUGAUGAACAUCAAGUCAUCGUCAAGUCUUGUGACCCUGUGGUGUUUAGUUUCUACAACUACCUUCGAACACACCCUUUGCUUAUUCGAAGAAGUCUUGCCUCUCCUGAAGGAACUUUCGCAACCUUAGGUCUCAAAACUGAAAAGAACAUUGCUGAUAAAAUUAACCUUAUAGAAAGAAAAUUAUUCUUUACCACUGCAAAUGCUCACUUUAAAGUUGGAUGCCCUGUUUUAGCCUUGGAGGUACUUUCUAAGAUUCCCAAGGUAACCAAAAUAUCUUCCUUACCUGCAAAAAAAGAUCAGCCUGACUUUAUUUCUAUAAGGGUUGGCAGUGGACCUUCUCAAUCAGAAACUCAGAGCCAUGGCAAUGGCAGUUCUGGCACUGACUGGUCAACUGUAACUUCAUCCCAGUUUGACUGGAGUCAACCAAUAAUUACAGUUGAUGAAGAACCUCUGAAUCUUGACUGGGGUGAAGAUCAUGAUAGUGCCUUAGAAGAGAAUGACAUGGAUGGGUUAGUAAUGAAAAGUACAAAUGUCCAGGGAGAAGAUAGACAAAAUGAGAAGGCCUUAGAACCUGGCACAUUACUUACCCCUCAGGAGGAGGAGCAUCCUGAAGGUGACACUGAAGUUGAUGUGAUUGCAGAGCAGCUCAAGUUCCGAGCUUGCUUAAAGAUCCUUAUGACUGAACUGAGAACUUUGGCUACUGGGUAUGAAGUAGAUGGAGGAAAGCUCAGAUUUCAGCUUUACAACUGGCUUGAGAAGGAAAUUGCUGCCUUGCAUGAGAUAUGCAAUCAUGAAUCAGUUAUUAGAGAAUAUUCCAGUAGCCCAUAUUCCAAAAUAGAGAGUGAUCUUCUGGAUCAUGAAGAAAUGGCAGACAAACCAGAUAUUGGUUCUUAUGAGCGUCACCAAAUAGAAAGACGGAGACUGCAGGCUAAACGAGAACAUGCAGAAAGACGAAAAUUGUGGCUGCAGAAAAACCAAGAUCUUCUAAGAGUAUUUCUUAGUUACUGCAGCCUUCAUGGGGCCCAAGGUGGUGGUCUGGCCUCCGUAAGAAUGGAACUCAAAUUUUUGCUACAAGAGUCACAGCAGGAAACUACAGUGAAGCAGCUCCAGUCUCCACUGCCAUUGCCAACCACCCUACCUCUGCUUUCAGCAAGUAUUGCUUCAACAAAAACAGUCAUAGCUAAUCCUGUGUUAUACUUAAAUAAUCACAUCCAUGAUAUACUUUAUACCAUUGUUCAGAUGAAAACACCACCUCAUCCCAGUAUUGAAGAUGUGAAGGUGCACACACUUCAUUCACUAGCAGCAUCGCUGUCUGCAUCAAUUUACCAGGCAUUAUGUGACAGUCAUAGCUACAGCAGUCAAGCAGAAGGGAAUCAGUUCACAGGAAUGGCUUAUCAAGGACUUCUUUUAAGUGAUAGGCGAAGACUGAGAACAGAGAGCAUUGAAGAACAUGUGACACCCAACUCACCUCCUGCACAGUGGCCAGGUGUGAGCUCACUUAUUAAUCUCCUGAGUUCAGCCCAAGAUGAAGACCAGCCCAGACUGACUGUUCUUUUGUGUGAAGCUGUUGUUGCUGUUUACCUGAGUUUAUUGAUACAUGCUCUUGCCACAAAUUCCUCCAAUAAAUUAUUUCGGCUUGCUGCCCACCCAUUAAAUAAUCGGAUGUGGGCUGCUGUUUUCGGAGGGGGUGUGAAACUUGUUGUGAAACCUCGAAGACAAUCAGAAAGUAUUUCAGCACCUCCUGUUCCUUCUGAAGACAUAGAUAAACACCGAAGAAGAUUUAACAUGCGAAUGCUGGUCCCUGGAAGGCCCGUAAAAGAUGCUACCCCACCACCAGUGCCUACAGAAAGACCAUCUUACAAAGAGAAAUUUAUUCCUCCUGAACUUAGUAUGUGGGAUUACUUUGUUGCAAAGCCAUUUCUUCCUUUGUCUGAUAGUGGUGUUAUAUAUGACUCUGAUGAAAGUGUUCACAGUGAUGAUGAAGAAGAUGACGGCUUUUUUUCAGACACACAAAUACAGGAACACCAAGAUCCAAAUUCCUACAGCUGGGCUCUUCUACAUUUAACAAUGGUUAAGCUGGUACUACACAAUGUCAAGAAUUUCUUUCCCAUUGCAGGACUGGAAUUCUCUGAGCUUCCUGUAACAUCACCAUUAGGAAUUGCUGUAAUUAAAAACCUGGAGAACUGGGAACAGAUCCUGCAAGAGAAAAUGGAUCAGUUUGAUGGUCCACCCCCUAACUAUGUCAACACAUACCCCACUGACCUUUCAGUUGGAGCUGGGCCAGCUCUUCUUCGAAAUAAAGCAAUGCUAGAGCCUGAAAAUACUCCAUUCAAGUCCCGGGAUUCUUCUGCACUUCCAGUCAAACGACUUUGGCAUUUCCUUGUUAAACAAGAAGUCCUUCAAGAGACAUUUAUUAGAUAUAUUUUCACUAAGAAGAGAAAGCAGAGUGAGUCUAUAGAAGAACAUGUGGAGCAGGUCAAACAAAACUACGUAGCAGAAGAUUGCCACAUCAAGGUUGAAGCCGAUCUGGGCUAUCCAGGAGGAAAGGCAAAGGUCAUUCAUAAGGAAUCCGACAUGAUCAUGGCAUUUUCUGUUAACAAGGCGAACCAUAAUGAAAUUGUUUUGGCUUCAACGCAUGAUGUUCAAGAACUUGAUGUUACUUCUUUACUAGCCUGUCAGUCAUAUAUAUGGAUUGGAGAAGAAUAUGACAGAGAAUCCAAAAGCUCAGAUGAUAUUGACUAUCGUGGUUCUACCACAACCCUUUAUCAGCCGGGUGCAGGCUCUCAUCCUACCAGUCAGAUGCAUCCUCCUGCAUCUCUACCAUGGCUGGGUAGCGGACAGACAAGCACUGGAGCAAGCGUGCUUAUGAAAAGGAACCUACACAAUGUUAAGAGAAUGACUUCACACCCUGUCCAUCAGUACUAUCUUACAGGUGCUCAGGAUGGCAGUGUACGGAUGUUUGAAUGGACACGACCUCAGCAGCUUGUCUGUUUCCGUCAAGCUGGCAAUGCAAGAGUUACUAGAUUAUAUUUCAACUCACAAGGCAACAAGUGUGGGGUUGCCGAUGGAGAGGGUUUUCUGAGUAUCUGGCAAGUUAAUCAAACUACAUCAAGUCCUAAACCAUACAUGAGUUGGCAGUGCCACAGUAAAGCCACAAGCGACUUUGCAUUUAUUACCUCUUCAAGUCUAGUUGCAACAUCUGGACAGUCCAAUGAUAAUAGAAAUGUAUGCCUAUGGGACACAUUAAUAUCACCUGGAAAUAGCCUCAUUCAUGGUUUCACAUGCCAUGAGCACGGCGCCACAGUGCUUCAGUAUGCACCAAAGCAGCAGCUCCUGAUAUCUGGAGGCCGGAAGGGACACAUCUGCGUCUUUGACAUCAGACAGAGACAGCUAAUUCACACCUUCCAGGCACAUGACUCUGCUAUCAAGGCUCUGGCUCUGGAUCCCUUUGAGGAAUAUUUUACCACAGGUUCAGCAGAAGGCAAUAUAAAGGUUUGGAGAUUGACGGGCCAUGGUCUAAUCCAUUCAUUUAAGAAUGAGCAUGCUAAACAGUCCAUAUUCAGAAACAUCGGAGCUGGAGUCAUGCAGAUUGACAUCAGCCAGGACAAUCGGAUCUUCUCUUGUGGUGCAGAUGGCACACUGAAAACAAGGGUUCUGCCCAGUCCUUUUAAUGUCCCAAAUAGAAUUCUUGACAUUCUGUAGUCCUAAAGAUUGGGACUCUAUUUUUAUGUACAUUUCAGUUAAAGAACAAUGCAGGAGUUAGGCAAUUCUGCUUUUGAAGCAGAUGUUAGCAUCUUGAAAACAAUACAGAGAAUCUGUGUAGAAUCUGAAUCUGAUCCAAACUAUUACACUGAGUAUUGCCUACCCAGGUUGGUAGAGUACACGAACCUUGUCAUAAUGCUGACUGCUGAACUCAACCUUGUAUGUAUGCAAGGAAGCUAUUCUUCACAGCAUUCAGCAAACUUGAUUCAAACUUGAUUCAGAAAACAUACAAGUUAGUAAGUCAAAACGAUGAGUAGAAUCUUUAUACCAAUUACAGGAGGAAAAUGUUGUUGAUUUGGGUGUUUCCUCUUGCUCUUAUCACUGAAUACAGCAUGCUUGCUGUCUCCUCAUGGUGACUGAAGGAGAAAUAAAGGGUUAGACGCUCUAGUCUGGCAGAAGAACUUCCUUAGCUACGGGGCAGUGCACAGUGACCUGUUCUCUGUCCUCAGUGGUUGUUCCCACUCUUUCCUGCUGAAUAUUUUUUCCUGUUAGUGUUUUUACUGAGCUAGUACUGUAAUUUGCAGAUGAGUACAAACACAAAUGCAAUGUUUCCCUCAUGAUUUGCACAUUUACAUUUUUUGGACUGCUAGUUUUUCUAUUAAAAUAUUUGCCUUCAUGUUAGGAAUGUGAUAUGUGAACAUGACAUUAUUUGUAGUUAACCGAAACAUACCUUCUUAGUCCAACUUAGUACUUUUUCUUUUCAUGUAUUUACUAUUAAAAGGCUAUGUUGAAACUACACCAAUAGAACAUUUCAUAUCAGUUAAAAUGAAUGUUAGGCUUUUUUGUGGCCAGUUAAUAGUUGAUGAGAUUGGUGAUAUUAUUUAUUGCCACAGCCUAUUGUAUAAACUAUGCAGAGUUAAAUAUUAUUUGCUUGUAAAAUAUUAGCCAAUGUCAUUCUAUUUUGAUGUAUUUUCUUGAUUAUGACCAAAAAUUUGUUGAGAUAUUGAAACCAAUGUCUGUGUGUUUAAAUGUUUACCAGCAAAUUGUCUCAUCAUGUUAGUGAAAAUGUUUAAUGCCUGUAUGGUUAAUAGUGAAAUGUAAUGGUACAAAAGCACCUUUUUCUGGAGGCAAUGUGAUGUUCAUGCUGUGAAAUACAUAUGUAAAAGAAAAAUAAAUGUUAUUUGUUAGAGUUUGA